AUGCUGGGUCGAAAAUGCAGUGGCUCUCUGUACACACUUAUGGAAGUGAACGAAAAUGCCACGCCACAGGAAAUUAAGCGUGCGUACCAUCGACUAGCACUCAUUCUUCACCCCGAUAAAACGGAUGGCACAACCACAGAGCAGUUCACUCGUUUGCAAGAGGCGUACAGCAUCCUUAGCGAUGAGCAGCAACGACGCACGUACAACACCUUUGGAAGGGAGGGCGUUGCUACCCUAAACAAACUUAAUGAAAUGAACGUACCUGUGAACCCGUCCGCCUUCCGUUUCCUGUGUUUCCUUGUUAUGAUGUUGAUACUACUGCUGUUACUCCAGUUAGAGCUUGUUGUUGUUCGAUUGGACUACGAAUUGAGUUGGAAAUGGCCCGUGGUGUUUAUUCCUCUUUGGAUUGCCCUGGCACCCCCCAUAUUACUCGCUUUAGGUUUGUUGGCUGCUGGAAUCAAACAGUUGGACUUUUUAUGUGUAUGUGUCGGGGUUGAAAUCCUACUAUUCGUUGGUAGUAUUGCAACAUUCGUUGCUGGGUUGUGCGGUGCGCUGUCAUGGCCUGUUGCCCUUUCGCCGGCCAUAGCGUUUUACGCAGUGCGUGUCCUUCAUAUCAUACCUCAUCUGUUCCCGUCAAGGUUUGUGCAGAAUUCCGAAGAUGGCAGUGGAGAGGUGACGUUUUCGCGCAAGAAAUAUUGUCUGUUUGUUGUCAUGGUGUUAUUUGAGGAGGGGUGUGCUAUUGCCUUCUUCACGCUUCUAAUGCUUCGUGCUAUGCAAAAGAGUGAGGAAAGUAAGGACGAACCACUUUCCUUCUGGAUUGUGUUCUCCCCACUCAUUGCGUGUCUUGGUUUGAAGGCACUGCUUCACUUAUGUUUCUGCAUGAUCUGUAGCAAAGUGGAGCAGCCAAACCAGCAAGCAUCUCAGAAGAGUACCUCUGCGUUUCUUUUCGUGGUUUACAGCAGUAUGAUAUAUGUGGCAUGCAUGAUUGCGGCAAAAGCCAAUGUUGAGAUUAACAAAUGGACUGACGGCUUUAAUCCUUCAGCAGCUGUUGCGGUGAUACCCAUACAAGUCAUCUUUAUCUCCUUAUUUCUUGCAUCAGUCAUCAUGUUUUGCACCGCAUCUCGGGUAUACGAAGCCAUGUUGUUUGGGGUUGCGAAUGAGGAAGACGAUGCUGAACGUGGGGCAACCACACCACUGUCUCCACGCAACACGGGUGCAUCUAACAGCUUUAGGUGUGAAACAGUACCGGGCGAACAUCAGCAGAGGAAACGGGGGGCUGAUGAAGUGGUGUGA